UGGAUCCUUCUUUUCUUUUCCACUCACGUAUCUGCCCUUCUUUUUUUUUUUUCCGCCAACUCCCCCUUUGCUACAUGAGCAAACCUUCCUUACGAAAUGCUGCACGUAAACAGAAUAACUAUGUAGAGUACUGCUCAUAUUGUAACGGUCUCGGUGAUUUUGACACGAACGAUGAAUUCAACGAACUCCUGACUUGCACCGAUUGCAAACGCAAAUGUUAGUGGAUGAACAAUGCCAUUUAAUUUUUCACAAAACUGAUCUUCGAUAUUUUCCGCACUGUGAUUUAGUCCAUCCCGUUUGCUCACAAUUGCCAGAGGCUGCUACUAAGCUUGCACGAACAUACAACUGGCAAUGCAACGAAUGCAAGAGCUGCCUUGUCUGUGAGCAUAAGACAAAUGAGGACGAACUGGUUUUUUGCUCAUCGUGUGACCGUGGUUGCCACACUUUUUGCGUCCAGCCACCCCUUCCAGCCAUACCAAAAGAUGACUGGUUUUGUGAGUUCUGUGCAGGCGCAUUUUUAACACCCCUAUCUAUGCGAUCCCCAUCCCCGACCAACGCAACAGCAAGUUCCAACGAUAUCGACUCUGCUAUCAGCAUGGAUGAACAUCCAACUAGCAAACUACCUUUAUCAGAAGAAAAAUCACAUCGUCAAAGAAGAGUUUCUAAAAAGCGAACGUUUCUCGGAGAUGAAGAAGAACAAGUAAUUCCACCCCCCAGGAAGAAAGCGCAAACUACCCUUAAGAUACGAGUCGCCAUACAGCAACCGACUGUAUCCAAUGAUAAGGAAACGGAGUCAAACGAAGAGCGUGUGGCAAAGGAGCAGGAGGCUCGAGAAUAUAAUGCAACCUUUGGACAUAAGCUGACAUUGGCACAGGCAGAUUCGCAACGUGGACGACCGCAAGAGGCAGAUAGAUGCAAGUUCGAAAAGUGCAGAAAAUCAGAGGUAAAAUAGCUUUGAUAAAUGUACAAUUCAUGCCGAUGGGGUCCACUG